AAUGUACGUGUCAGCCCUGAUUCCUACUACGACGCUCAAAUGUUUCUAGUUACAGGUUAUGUUUGACGUAAGCAUAAUCUGUAAUUUUUCCGUCGAAAUUUUCUUAUAAAAAGAAAACUACAAAUCAAAGAGAAUUGAAGAAAACAAAUAUAAGGUGGAUAUUGUAAAUUUAACUUGUGCAAGGAUGUAUGUAUCACGAUAAGUACACGUUAUUCUUUUUUUUUUUUUUAACAUUUUCCUCAUUCUGACAAUAUAUUGUAAAAAGAAUUUUAAGUAAACGAUGGAAGACUUUUUCCGUAUAAUUUAUGCAUUUUGCAUUAUUUUUAUUCGAUUUCCAUUAUAUUAUCUUGCCCCUUUACAAAAUGAAUUAAACACAUACGAUGACCAUAUUGCAUGUAACAAAUCAUUCAAAGAUAUUGUGUACAAGUCGGAAUCAACUAUGGAAUGUGAUUCACUUAAGUAUCCGUCUAACUUGGAAGAGCUUAAUAUUACCGAAGACAAUGUAAAAGAAUUUUUGUGUCUUGGAAUGUACGACACGGUGUUCAAAAUGUGUUCACACAGACUAAUGAAACCGUUGGAGAAAAUCACUAGUCCAAAAAUCUUUGACUCAACAAUAGGAGAUUUAGUGAAAAGUUAUCAAAUAAAUGACCCCACUAAGUUAUCCCAAAAUUUGUGUAAUGCUUUAAUAGGAUAUAAAGUAUAUUAUAAGGAUGUAAAACCAGUACUUACUAAAUUAAUAGAUAAACUACAGAGACCAGAAGUAUGUUUUAGUAUAUGCUUCAAUUUCGAAAGUAAUCUGAAGACUCCAUUGUGUGCGAUGUUAGCAUGGAUUAACAAAAUGGAUCAUGAUAUUGAGGAUUUAAUAACAAAUGCUACUGGUGAUGAUGAUAUCUAUUAUAAAGAACAGCCAAAAAUAGAACAUACAACAGUCAAUCUCAAACAUUUGGAAAAAGAAAUGAAAAAUAGCAAAACUCCCAAUGAUGAAAAACCUACUGCUUCCACUAUCUCCACAAAUAAUGUAAAGAAAGUUAUUAUUAUUAAUAAUAAUAAUACUAAUACUAAUAGCAUUCCAAAUAAACAAUUACCACAAAGUAAAGGUAAUCCAACAAAAAUAAAUGAUAAAGAAAAUCUUUCAAAAUCUGAUCCUACGGUUAAGACAACUACGCAAUCAACAUCUAAUCCUCUGAUAAAUAAUAAUGAGUCUCACGACAAGCCAAAUUCUUUGUCAAAAGAGACCGAUAAGAAGCUGGUAGAUGAUAAUAAUAAUAGCCAAGAACCACCCCCGAAUCUUGAAGAAGAUGAUUUGGAAAGUAAAAAGAAGGACAAAGUAGAUCCAGAGAAAAAUUGGAUAACUGAAAAAAGUGUAAAUCAACUAGUCACAGAAACUAAAUUUACAGAAGCUUAUGAUAAUUUAAAUAUCAUUAUUUCUACAGAAUCUAAUGUUGCAGCGGAUAAUAGUUUGAUCGGAUCUAACUCUCAAAAGAUGGCUCCGACAGAGGACAUAGACCUACCUGGUGACAUAGACAAUCCAAGUGAAAGUAUGUCUGAGCCAUCCGAACAAAGAACUCAUUUUGAGAACGAUGAAGAGUCCCACUUCCUUUUUUAUUUUGCUGUCAUAACAAUUGGUUUCAUCGGUGGCUAUACUGGAUAUCAUAAUAAGAAAAAGUUACUGGCGAUUGUGUUGAAAGGACGUAGGUCAAAAAAUAAUCGUGGUAGACGACGUUCUGGUAGUCCCAAAUAUCGUAAACUCGAUUGCACAUUAGAAGAAGCAGUUACUUCGCAAUGUAAUGCAAAUGUUACCCAUGUUAUAUAUUAAUACGAAUUGUACGUAUAAUGAUUUAUCACAUUGCAUAUUAAGGCACCAUUUUUUCAGUGUAAUAGAUUUUAUACUCAAGCAUCUUUAUUAUUUUCUGUUUUCUUUUUUUAAAUAUUGGUACUGUUUCACAAUGAAACAGAUGAUUAUGAUGAGAUAUCACAGUUUUCUUUUUUUUCUUUUCUCACACUAUGAUAUAAUAACAUUUAUAAAAUAAUUUAUCAAUUAUCCGGUCGUAUGUACAUUGUGUCUCAUCAAAACUAACGUAGCAAAAUGUUCCUAUUAUUAUUGUGAUGCAAAAGUAUUUUAGCAAAUUGGAUGUUUCUAUUUGAACAAAAACAAAAACAUAACAACAACAAAUAUGAACAUCAUUCUUUUGUAUAAAAUGUAUUCUCCUUUACGAAUCGAAAUUGUUAUAUAAUUUUUUAAGGUUAUUUUUCAGUAUUCGGUUUUAUAGAUAUCCAAUAAUUGCUUGUAUAUUUUAUUUGAGAUAUUAGUGAUCUUGAUGUGUCGAACUAUAGUAAACAAUAUAGUUCAACUCUACUUAAAGUGCAAUUCAAUGUCUCUGUGUCGGCAAAAAUUUGAAUAUAAGAUUAACAAAUAAUAUAGCGCUAAAAGGAUCAUUAUUUUCUGUAUAUAUUAUUAAACGAUGCAUGAUAACAGAGUAUCAAUGUUAUCCGCCAUGUUUAUGAUAUAUUAGGCAUAUUAAAGAGAACAACAAGAAGAAAAUUGCAAAAAAAAAAUUUGAUCAAAUAAUAUUAUGGAAUAUAUUAAAAAUAGUAGUAUGGUAGAUGAAAUAUUUGUCUAGAAAAAAAAAAAAAAAAAACAUUGAGUUUAAAUAGCUUAAAUAAUGCUAUCCAAUAUAUUUGCGUAUAUUUGUUGAUGCAAAAGUAUAGUAAUACGGAAAAUAUUUCUAUUGUUUCUCUACUUAAUAUUUAAUAUUUUGAUGGACAAAUUUUCACGUUUAUAUGUCUAUUCUCUAUGGUAGUAAGGUUAUUUAAUUCAUAAUAUAAAGUCUACCUUUUUCAAUACGGUGUAAUAUCAGUGAUUUCAUUUCUUUUGAAAAAAAGAAUGCCGUCCACUUACACACGGUUAAAAAAAAAAAAAAAAACAUACGAAAAUAAUAUCACUGUCGCAUAAUAUCUGUGUGUUAAGUGUCUAAUGACAGUUUGACCAUUCAUAUUAUAUGCACAAAUUGUUACGUGGAUACUUACAAUGAUAAUGUAUUUUAAUCAUAGUUACAAUUUCUGUGAAAUGUUCCCGAAAUAAACUUAUACAUACACUUUAA